AUGACUCAGUGUCUCGGUUCCUUGCAGUAUUUCCCCAAGGGUGUAGGCACAUCAAAGAAGAAUGAAAUCGUGUUCAUUGCUCCAACUGGGGAAAAGAUUAAUAACAAGAAGCAAUUGGAGCAGUACCUGAAAUCACACCCUGGCAAUCCUUCAGUAUCUGAGUUUGACUGGGGCACUGGUGAGACUCCAAGAAGAUCUGCAAGAAUCAGCGAGAAGGCCAAGGCAACUCCACCUGAAAAGGAACCCCCAAAGAAGCGAGGCCGAAAAUCAUCUAGUUCAAAGAAAGAUGAAAAGGAAUCUGUUACUGAGGGCGAGAAUGAAGUUCAAAUGCAAGAUGCAGAGGGAACUGAAAACGGUAAUGCAAAGGCAGAGAAAGGAAAUGAUGGUACCACGGGAAAUCAGGAUAAGAAAGGAAACGAGGAACAAGAAGAAGCUGACCAGAUAAAGUCGGCAGAUGCCAAUAUGGAAGAAACUGCUCCGGAGGAUGUCAAUAAGGACAUAAAUACCCAAGAGGAUGCUGCUCCGGGCGAUGUCAAUAAGGACAUAAAGACCCAAGAGGAUGCCAAGGAUGGCAAUGAAGGAAUUGCUAAGGAAGGUCAGCACGCUUUGGAAGUUAAAGAGAAAGAAAAUGACGAGGCAGCAGUGAAGGACAAAGCUGCUGAAGAAGCUGGUUCAAGUGAAGUGGCUGAAAAUGGAAACAACCAGGUUGAAGAUUUGGCUGAAAAGGUACCACAAACUGAGGCAGAGAAAGAGAGUGCCUCAGGUCAAAAGGACAUUCCAGAUAUCGUGGCAAUGAAUGCAGAUGGUGGAGCCCAGAAAGUGAACACUAAUGAAACUGUCACUGCAUCCGAGGGAGAGAUCAAAGAGAAACUGAACGUGCAGGAGGACGAUGCAAAUUAUAGCAUUCCCAUGGAUGGGAACGACAACCCAAUGGGUGGGGAGGUCCUGGAAAAUGGCAAGGUAAACCAGAUGGGGCCGACUGAUGCCCCUCAGCAUGCAGCUCCCCCUUCUCUGAAAGAUCCCUCUGAGGAUCUAUCAUUGGAUCCUCCAGAGGGGUCCGGUCACUGUCCAAAACAUUCCACUUUAGUCUCUUCCUUGAAGGGUGUUAUGGCAUACCUCAAUAACAAGAAUUGCAUUAUCAUCCGAAGGGUUUGUCUUUUUGACACUUUCGAGUUACAAAAGGCUGGGCCAGAUCCACUUCUUUUUGACAAAUGGAGUACACUUUCCUUGAUCAUCUUUCCAGCAGAACAAUGGGUUUCUAUUCUUUCUUUCUCUGGCUCCUCCUCGUCUUCUCUGUCAUUUCUUCCAGUGGUACCUACUCUCUACCUUUUUUCUUGA